CUGCAGAAGGCUGUGACGUCCAACCAAUGGAAGCCCUUCAAUCCCAAGCCCGGAGAGUGUGAUGCGACGUCCCGCAGUAUAAUACAAGCCACAGUCACUGAUCUUUUCAAUAGGAUGAAAAGCAGUGUGGAGGGAGAGAAGAACUUAGUUGGCUUUUUGGCAUCGGAUUGUGUGGGUCAUUGCGUGGCCACCACAUCUCAGUGGUUCAGCCCGCCCAGGAACAACACAUACAUGAAAGAUGCUGUUGUAAACUGGUUCAAGGGCAAGCUAUUAGGUGGAAAGUUGUACUUUUGAUAUGGUGUAUACCUCUCGUUGCAAGCCUUAUUGUACUAUGCUGAUAUUCCAAAAACUGCUUUUCGAACCCGUUACGGAAGUUAUGAGUAUACUGGGGUUCGUCAACUACGUGCGCUGCUUUAUCACAAACAUGGCGGAGUCCACAGCCCCAUUAACCGACUUUCUUCAUAAGGGAUUUUUUUAUGAGUGGGGGGAGAGGCAGCAAGCUGCGUUUGACCAACUGAAAACUUUCCUCGUGGCACCACCCGUUCUUCAUAUCGCCGAUCCCGACCGCCCAUACGAACUGGUUAGGGAUGCCAGCGACAUUGCCAUUGGCGUGGUAAAAUACAGGACUUUGGCGAAGGCCUACAACCAACCGCCUACGAGUCGCGGAAACUCCAAGGCGCUGAACGGAAUGACCCGGUUCAUGACAAGGAGAUGCUUGCGAUCGUCAAUGCUUUUAAGACUUGGCGCUGCUACCUAUCCGGUGCCGACGUUACUGUCAGAACAGGCCACAAGUCCCUACAAUUCCUCUGAGCCCAACCGACCCUCAAUCCGCGACAGAUUCGUUGGCUCGAAUAUCUCGAGUCCGAUUUCCACUACCGCAUCACCUACAAGAAGGGGGCAAAUAAUGUUGCCGAUGCCCUUUCCCGCCCUACUGCCCAUACAUUCGCCGUACUAAUCGCCCAAGCUAACACGCUGCUAAGU